GAGGAAAGGAUGAAAAUUAUCCCGUUAGCUGAAAAGUUUGUGUUUGCUGCAAUUGUUUGUGUGGAGUUUGUGCAAACGUCACAAGUGCUUGUUGUGAAGGCUGGACUGACAACACAAGUGGUAAACACCGGAGUGGCAACCCAGAUGAUGGAGGCUGGCCUGACAAAAUUGGGAGUGAAGGCUAAGCUCACGUCACAAGUCAUGAUAGCUGGGCUGACAACUCAGGUGGUGGAGGCUGUGCUGAGUUCAGCCUCACAUGGCAGCUCCUCUGUUGCUUUGAUCACUGAUGGCACUGUCUCAUCCUUCACUGUCGUCAAGCUGCAGCAAAUAUCAUCGUACAUGACAGUGGUUGUGAUGAGUGACGACUCAGCCUUCUUAGCUGCCUUCGUUGAAUUGUCCCUCAAGCUGCACAUACUUGUGUGGUCAACAAGGUUGCUGAUCGUAACUCGUUCUCACAUUAAGGAGCUGCAGGAUCACCAAGCAAUUCUAUCUAAGACGAAUUCUGUAUUAGUUGUUAUCAACGAAGACACAGCAAAUGCCAGUCUGUUAGAAUGUGAAGGUGGAUCAAACCGAGGAGGAAGUAAGUUAGAUAAAUCCGAGUGUGACAAGAUUAAUGAGGCAGCCAGAGAGAACGUGGAUAUGACAGUAGGGGAAGACGAUGGUGGUGGUGGUGAUGUCGAGUUUAUUGACGAGAUUGAAACUGACGACACUAAACCUGGUGAACUGGAUGGUGUCGAAGAGCCUCAAACUGUCACACCAUUAAUGUCAGAAGUAGUAUGGUACGUGCAAGCUGAUUUUGAGAGAAAAACAGUCCGUGUUAGCGAGUCCUUCUUUGCUUUUAUCCAGAUAACCCAGAAGGAUGCUGAGAGCUUGGUUGAAGACAUUUUGAAACAGCUAGAGAAGGACGAAUUGGAGUUACAAGAUUCUUCUUGCUGUCAUCUAUGCACUACACAGAUCUACUUCAAUAUGUUCUAUUACAGGUGCAGUGUGUACGUGUAUCUUCCAUACAGUCCCCGGGGAGUGAAGCCCCUGCAAGUGGCCUCUUGGACCCCUCACCGAGGUCUUGUUUUCACAUCCAGUCUCCCGCUCUUCCCAGACAAGUUCUCCAAGUUCAGUUCGAGGUUCUGGGGCACAGCUCGUGGACUACUCUCUGAAGCACUUAACUUUCAUUACUCCUACGUGCGGCCACCAGAUGGAGAAGGUGGCAUUAAGCUUAAUAAUGGAUCGUGGUCUGGCAUGGUAGGAAUGGUCAUGAGGCAGGAAGUAGACAUCGGUGCUGGUCCUUACAUGAUUGAUAGAUGGAGAGCAGAGGUGGUAGACUUCACAGUGCCAAUAUUGAUAGAUUAUUGGAGGAUUCUGGCAGCUCGUGGACGUCCUGAGGUGGAUCCCUGGGGCUUCCUGUUCCCCCUGACACCGCUGGUGUGGGCGGCCAUCCUGGCGGCGCUGAUGGUGCUUGCUACAUUAGUGUUUCUCAUGUCCUCCAGUGUAUUUAACAGGAUUCAUGAGCAGAGGAACUGGUUACAGGUCACCUUCGUCUAUGUUCGCAUACUACUGCAGCAAGAUAUGGCAGUGCCAAUCUGUUGGUGGGAGCGUGUAAUGUUGUUAGUAUGGAUAAUGGUAACGUUGGUAUUAACGAGGAGUUACGCUGGAAAUCUAAUGGCUCUCCUAGCAGUAAGACACAUCUCUCAGCCCUACCAGACGCUGAGGGACGUUGUUGACGAUCCUUCAGUUACAAUGAUAUGGUCCAAAGGUUCUGCGGUUGGCCCUUAUUUGAAGUCAGCAGAGUCUGGCAUAUACCGGGAUAUUGCUGACGCUGAGAAGGUUGGUCGACUCAUAUGGAAAGCACACCCGCAGUUCCCCGAAGUAAUAGACACACUGGUGCGACGGGGUGAUCAUGUCCUUAUAGAGGUCGAUACUCCCAUCAGAGAUUAUCUUGCUCAAGACUUUACAAAAACAGGUCAGUGUUAUUUUUACGAGUCCAGAGAAGAGUUUCUGAAGAUAAUGUUUGCAAUGAUCGGGCCAAAGGACAGCCCACUCGUGCCAGCUCUAAAUAAGAGAAUAAUGUCGAUGACAGAGGCUGGAUUAUUUUUUCAAUGGCUCAAAAUUGAAGAAAAGAACUCCACUACAUGUUACCGUGCGCCUAACAAGAUCACUGUCAACAUGGCCCUCUCCAUCAGUAAUGUUUGGGGAAUGUUUGUAAUCCUUAUCAUGGGAUACUUUCUGAGUGUUUGUGUAUUCUGUCUUGAGCUUCUCAUUCAUCGUCUUCCUCAACAAGUUCAGAAAUUUCCACAUGAACACAAUUUUUAGUUACUCGACUAAACCGUCCACAACUGCAAUAUAUGUGACCUCACACAGGCAAAUUAUUUUUCGCACUUUGCUAAAUAAAACAUUACUGAUGGCAACUGUAUACCAUCACUCGCCACUGUUUUAUAUUGUUUAAAGUUAAAUUACU